AUGGCCGAAACACAAUCAUACAAAGAGCUCCUCGCAAAAUGGGCCGACAAGUACCGCGGUCAUUCUAACAUUUCCAAAAGGNCCACAGUAGAAGACCUAGACNCCCCAGCAGCAAUGUCCACAUCCCCAGACUCACUCAUCUCAAGCGCCAUGAUGACCGCCUACGAAAGAGAAUACACACACCUCACCGUAGUCGCGCCCGAGACACGCGCACUGGUGGGCUACCUCAGCAUGCCCCACCUCAAGCACCUACUCAAAGCCGGGGUUGUCCGCGACAGCGAUACGGUAGACAGAGCAAUGACAAAGUUCAAGAGAAAGGGCACGAAAUAUCACGUCAUCACCAUGGAUACACCGCUGGAAGAGCUCGAGGCCUUUUACGCGGGCUUGACGGAAGAUGGACAGAUGCCUGCACAAGAGUUUGCUGUCGUGACGGAUGCUGGUCGCAAGUUUGUGCUGGGUGUCGCGACGAAAGAGGACUUGGAGGAGUUUGUCAAGAGGAGACCGGUCUAUUGA